AUGGGAACUGUGGCGGCCGGCCCACAGCCGACAUCGUCGACCCGGGUGGUCGUGACUGUGACGGUCGGUGCCGACAUUGUGGUGGUGCCUGCUGUUACGCUCGCCCAGCACGAGCAAGCUGACGAGAACCGGCUUGGCUCUGGGCAUUGGCUCGUGGCAAAGGUGGGGACUAUGCUGGGGACCACGCCAAAAUACGGGACUGUUUCGGUAGCGUUGGCCCUGAAGGACGUGGGCGAGGAGGCACUGCUGUUUGCAGGCUCAUCCCGCACAACUACGCCAGCGACAUUCGUCGGCAUGUACUUGAAGAUCGUGGAAGUGACUGUCCUGCGGCGAGUCAGUCAGGUGGAUCAAGUCCCGGGGUAUGGAGAAACCGCCUUCGCUCACGUCGUGUUUGGCACGAUUGUCACCCUCAGAAAGGAAUUGCACAUCGAGAUGCGUGACUCGAUGGGGACGCCAAUCCCUGGCCACUGCCCAGUGACAUGGUUGGCACAAUUAUCUCCUGAGCAGGCUGCCGCCAGAUUCGAUUCCCAGGCGAGUAGAGCAGCUCCGAUGAUUCGUCCGACUUGCAUGAUUGGAAAUGGUAUGCUGGGCCAGUUUGCCAGAGGAAGACAAGACAACUCCGCUUCAAGAAACACUGUCUUAAUCUUCCCCACGAUCCAACGGGAUGUUGGCAAGGCCUUCCCUUUAUUAUACUCACCUAUCAAGAAGGACCAUGGAUUGUUGAUCGAAGGCUUCGCAUAG